AGUUUCAGAUGCCUCUGGAUGUUCAAUGGUAGCACUCCUCCAUACUGGAGCAGCCAAGUUUCCCCGAAACUUACUUCCAAGGGUGAGACAAGCUGUGUGCUCCGUCCUCGCGGCUGGUGUUCUCAAAGGGUACGGCUCCAUCGUAAGCAGGAAACUGGCGUCCCACGGCUUUGGAGCUUCCAUGGCAGCAAUGUCAUCCUUCCCUCCACAGAGAUAUCACUACUUCUUAGUGCUGGAUUUUGAGGCCACAUGUGAUAAACCACAGAUUCAUCCUCAGGAAAUCAUCGAAUUCCCUAUCCUGAAGCUGAAUGGCAGGACGAUGGAGAUCGAAUCCACCUUUCACAUGUAUGUUCAGCCUGUGGUGCAUCCCCAGCUUACGCCCUUCUGUACAGAGCUGACUGGGAUUAUUCAAGGCAUGGUGGAUGGGCAGCCCAGCCUCCAGCAAGUGCUCGAGAGGGUUGACGAGUGGAUGGCGAAGGAAGGCCUCUUAGAUCCCAGCGUCAAGUCGAUUUUUGUGACCUGUGGUGACUGGGAUUUGAAAGUGAUGUUACCAGGACAAUGCCAGUACUUAGGGCUGCCGGUUGCUGAUUACUUCAAACAGUGGAUUAAUCUGAAAAAGGCGUACAGCUUUGCCAUGGGGAGUUGGCCAAAGAACGGGCUCUUAGACAUGAACAAAGGACUGAACCUACAGCACAUAGGGAGGCCUCACAGCGGGAUAGACGACUGUAAGAACAUCGCCAACAUCAUGAAGACACUGGCCCAUAGAGGCUUCAUCUUCAAGCAGACCUCCAAACCCUUUUGAUCCCCAGGGCAGGCCAGGCAGGGCUGCAUGCGCCCGGCGCCGGCGAGGCGGGGAGGACGGGCUCUAGCAUCCAAACGGCAACCGAGGCCAGAGGAACCGACACAAAUCUCAAUUCAGCUGUUAACUCCAGUAGAGGUUGUAUAUAUGGGAAGGCAAAUCUGUGUAGACCUGAUGUGACUCCCUCUCUGGGCUGCUCCGGACAUUAUGCCAUGCUAGCGGACAGCCGCGUAGGGCGCUUGCACCACAUUUUAGACUUGUAGUUUCUUUUCUUUGGCUCCCCAAUUUCCAUCCCCGCCUCCAUGUCCCACCCCGUCCUCCCUCUCCCGCCCCGUAGCCAGAGCAUCCCCCGGCAUGGGCCGUCCCCGCCUUCCCCUCCUCUUUCUUUUCUCUGGUUUUAUGUUUUCAGGCCUCGACGGCUGCUGCGGCAGCCCCGCG